UGGCGGGCUAUCUAGUAAACCCAAAUACUCUAAACAAAUACCAUCAAGUCAACAACUUUUAAUGUCUGCUGCCGGUUUCGCUUGCACCUUUAUUAGCGCAGCAUCAUCAUCGCUCACCCGCCCUUGUUUUCUCACUUCCUCUCGCAUUCUUUCCUUCUUCUCUUUCUCUCUCCUCUCGCCGCCAUUACCGCCGCACAGGUGCUUUAAUCGUAGUAGAAGAUUGUUUGCUAUGGCUGGUGAUUCCAAGGCUAAAACUGCUGAUCCUAAGGCCAAAAAUGCUGGGAAGAAGAAGAAGGAGGUGAAAAAGGAGACUGGAUUAGGGUUAACUAAUAAAAAGGAUGAGAAUUUUGGGGAGUGGUAUUCUGAGGUUGUUGUGAAUUCUGAGAUGAUUGAGUAUUAUGAUAUUUCCGGGUGUUACAUUCUGAGGCCGUGGACUAUGGCGAUUUGGGAGGCUAUGCAAGAAUUUUUUGAUGCGGAAAUCAAGAAGAUGAAGAUAAAGAAUUGCUACUUCCCACUAUUUGUCUCACCUGGUGUUUUGGAGAAGGAAAAAGAUCACAUUGAAGGUUUUGCCCCUGAGGUUGCAUGGGUAACAAAGUCUGGGCAAUCUGACUUGGAGGUGCCUAUUGCUAUUCGUCCAACCAGUGAGACUGUUAUGUACCCUUACUAUUCAAAGUGGAUCAGGGGACACCGUGACUUACCUCUAAGACUGAAUCAGUGGUGUAAUGUUGUCCGUUGGGAAUUCAGCAAUCCAACUCCUUUUAUCAGGAGUCGUGAAUUUCUCUGGCAAGAAGGCCAUACAGCAUUUGCUACACAGGAAGAGGCAGAUGCUGAGGUUCUUGAUAUAUUGGAACUCUACCGGCGAAUAUAUGAAGAGUUUUUGGCUGUUCCAGUGGUCAAGGGCAAGAAAAGUGAAAUGGAGAAGUUUGCAGGUGGAUAUUACACAACAAGUGUUGAGGCAUUUAUACCAAACACUGGACGUGGUGUUCAAGGUGCAACUUCACAUUGUCUUGGUCAAAAUUUUGCAAAGAUGUUUGAAAUUACUUAUGAAAAUGAGAAAGGAGAGAAGGCAAUGGUCUGGCAGAACUCAUGGGCAUACAGUACCAGAACGAUAGGGGUAAUGGUCAUGACACAUGGUGAUGACAAAGGCUUAGUUUUGCCACCUAAAGUAGCAGCUGUCCAAGUCAUUGUGGUACCUGUACCUUUCAAAGACGCCGAUACACAAGGAAUUUUCGAUGCUUGUGCUUCUACUGUCAAAAUUCUGAGUGAAGCAGGCAUUCGGGCUGAGUGUGAUCUUAGGGAUAACUAUUCUCCAGGCUGGAAGUAUUCACACUGGGAAAUGAAAGGUGUUCCUUUGAGGCUUGAGAUUGGACCAAAGGAUUUGGCCAAUAGUCAGACUCGUGCUGUUCGACGUGACGAUUCGGCCAAGAAGGAUAUACCAAUGGCAGAUUUGGUUGAUCAGGUGAAAGAAUUGCUGGAUGCAAUUCAACAAAACUUGUUUGACGUUGCAAAGGAAAAGAGAGAUGCAUGUGUUAAAGAAGUUAGGACAUGGGAUGAGUUUGUUGAAGCGUUGGCGCAGAAGAAACUGAUUUUAGCUCCUUGGUGUGAUGAAGAGGAAGUUGAGAAGGAUGUCAAAGCUCGAACAAAAGGAGAGAUAGGAGCUGCUAAGACUUUAUGCUCACCAUUUGAUCAGCCAGCGCUGGAAGAAGGCACCCUUUGCUUUGCUUCUGGAAAGCCGGCCAAGAAAUGGACAUAUUGGGGCAGAAGCUACUAGUACUACUAUCUUUGUUAUUCUCCUGUUUUUUGGCACAUCACUCAUACUAUUGUCUAUUUCUCUAAAUACUCUAUAUAUUUUUGACACAGGUGUCCCAUGAUUUCUUAGUCUAGUUGUUCCACACUUCAACAUUUCAAAUCUCACAAUGAAACAAAUGCAAUUUAAGUUUCUUUAACCAAGCAUGUCAAACUCUAGGCUUAGUAGCUUAGACUAGAGUUGAUCUUACUGAGAGAGAGCAUGUUAAUGUUUUCGGAGGAAGUAGCAAACUUACGAUUGUGAUUACCAUGGAGGUAGCUUUUCCCUCCUUGUAAUUAAGGCAAUGGUAGCUUGUUUUAUCA